AUGAACGAAGAGAAGAAGAUAGCUGUUUCAGACCAUCUUCCGGAGACUGAGGACUCUAGUACUGACCAAGAGCCAGAGGACACUUCCACCAGAAUGGACUCUACAGCUCAAGUCCGAGCUCUGCUUGUUGGUGCGUUGGAUGGAACUCUGGGCUCGUCCAGUCCAUCAGCGCGCCUUAUAUUAGAAAGGCUCCUCAAGAAGCUCAACAAUUGUACCCCUGGAAUGAGGAAUUCAUCAACCACUGCAACGGGUAAAUCAUUUCCAUCUGGCGCGGCCGCUAAAGUCAGUUCCUUGAGGAAUUUACCAAAUGGAAUAAACUCAGGUGUAUCCCCCAAGUGCUCUUCAACUAUGGGUAUGUUUCAAGGAUCCCCAUGCCCUGAUGUUAUUGAGACCAAUAUGCAGUUGGAGCCAGUUGGAUGUCCUGUAAGUAAUACCAGUUGCAUUGGUCAGGUACCAGAUACCACUGAAAGUCCAGAUGAGAACGAGACUCAAGUCUCAGUACCAUCUUUGGAUGUGGCUAGAAGUCCAUCAGCGACCAAAUCAUCCAUGUUUGAGGAAGGAUCAUUGAUGUCAAAGGUUAAUGAAAUUGUUUCCUGGAGCAAAUUACCAACUGAAAUAAACAAAGGUGUAUCCCCCAAGUGUUCUUCAACUAUGGGGAUGCCUCAAGGAUCCCAAGACCUUGAUGUUAAUGAGACCAAUAUGCAGUUGGAGCCAGUUGGAUUCCCUGUAAGUAAAACCAGCUGCAUUGGUGAGGUACCAGAUGCCAUUGGAAGUCUGGAUGAGAACAAGACUCAAGUCUCAGCAAAAUCUUUGGCUGUGGCUAGAAGUCCAUCAGAAACCAAAUUGUCCUUGUUUGAGGAAAAAUCAUUGGUGUCAAAGGUUGAUGAAAUUGUUUCCUGGAGCAAACUACCAACUGAAACAAACAAAGGUGUAUCCCCCAAGUGUUCUUCAACUAUGGGUAUAUUUCAAGGAUCCCCAUACCCUGAUGUUAUUGAGACCAAUGUGCAGUUGGAACCAGUUGGAUGCCCUGUAAGUAAUACCAGUUGCAUUGGUGAGGUACUAGAUGCCAUUGAAAGUCCAGAUGAGAACAAGACUCAAGCCUCAAAAACAUCUCUGGAUAUGGCUACAAGUCCAUCAGAGACCAAAUCAUCCAUGUUUGAGGUAGACUUGCUAAGGGAGGGCCCAUCAACCACUGAAAUGGAAGGAUCAUUGUUGUCAAAUGUUGAUGAAAUUGUUUCCUGGAGCAAACUACCAACUGAAACAAACAAAGGUGUAUCCCCCAAGUGUUCUUCAACUAUGGGUAUAUUUCAAAGCUCCCCAUACCCUGAUGUUAUUGAGACCAAUGUGCAGUUGGAACCAGUUGGAUGCCCUGUAAGUAAUACCAGUUGCAUUGGUGAGGUACUAGAUGCCAUUGAAAGUCCAGAUGAGAACAAGACUCAAGCCUCAAAAACAUCUCUGGAUAUGGCUAGAAGUCCAUCAGAGACCAAAUCAUCCAUGUUUGAGGUAGACUUGCUAAGGGAGGGCCCAUCAACCACUGAAAUGGAAGGAUCAUUGUUGUCAAAUGUUGAUGAAAUUGUUUCCUGGAACAAUCUACCAACUGAAAUAAACAAAGGUGUAUUCCCAAAGUGUUCUUCAACUACCUGUUUCUCUCAAGGAUCCCCAUACCCUGAUGUUAUCGAGACCAAUAUGCAGUUGGAGUCAGUUGGAUGCCCUGUAAGUAAUACCAGUUGUAUUGGUCAGGUAUCAGAUGCCAUUGAAUGUCAAGAUGAGAACAAGGCUCAAGUCUCAGCAGCAUCUUUGGAUGUGGCUAGAAGUCCAUCAGAGACCAAAUCAUCCAUGUUUGAGGGUGGAUCAUUGGUAUCAAGGGCCAAUGAGAUUAUUUCCUGGAGCAGGUUACCAACUGAAAUUACUGAAGGUGUAUCCUCCAAGUGUCCUUCAACUACAUAUCAGGGAUCCCCACAUCCUGAUGUUAAUGAGACCAAUAUGCAGAUGGAGUCAGUUGGAUGCUUGGUAAGUAAUAUCAGUUGGGAUGGAGAGGUACCGGAUGAGAUGGAAAGUCCCUGCAAGGAGACGCCUCAAGUCUCAGCAACAUAUCUGGAUGUUGUUAGAAAUCCAUCGGAAACCAGAUUGUCCAUGUUUGGGGAAGGAUCAUUUGUGUCAAAGGCCAAUGAAAUUGUCUCCUGCAGCAAGUUAUCAACUGAAAUAACAGAAGGUGUAUCUCCCAUUUGUGCUUCAACUAUGUCUCAGGGAUCUCCACCCACUGAUGUUACCAAGACCAACUUGCAGUUAGAGUCAGUUGGAUGCAUCUUUAGUAAUACCAGUUGUGAUGGAGAAGUACCAGAUAAGAUGGAAAGUCCCUGCACAAGGCAGAAUCAAGUCUCAGUAACAUCCCUGAAUGUGGCUUCAAAUCUAUCAGAGACCAAUAUGCAGUUUGACUCAGUUGGAUACAUCUUAGGUAAUACCAGUUGUAAUGGAGGGGUACCAGAUGAGAUGGAAAGUCCCUGCACAAAGCAGACUCAAGUCUCAAUAACAUCCUUGGAUGUGGCUAUAAAUCCAUCAGAGACCAAUAUGCAGUUUGACUCAGUUGGAUGUAUCUUGAAGACCAAUAUGCAGUUGGAGUCAGCUGGAUACAUGUUAAGUAAUACCAGUUGUGAUGGAGAGGUACCAGAUGAGAUGGAAAGUCCCAGCAAGAAGCAGACUCAAGUCUCAAUAACAUCCCUGGGUGUGGCUACAAAUCCAUCAGAGUCCAAUAUGCAGUUUGAGUCAGUUGGAUGCAUCUUAACAAAUACCAGUUGUGAUGAAGAGGUAUCAGAUGAGAUGGAAAGUCCCUGUAAGAAGCAGACUCAAGUCUCAGUAACAUCCCUGGAUAUGGCUACAAAUCCAUCAGAGACCAAUAUGCAGUUGGAGUCAGUUGGAUGCAUCUUAAGUAAUACCAGUUGGGAUGGAGAGGUACCAGAUGAGAUGGAAAGUCCCUACAAGAAGCAGACUCAAGUCUCAAUAACAUCCCUGGAUGUUGCUACAAAUCCAUCGGAAACCAAUAUGCAGUUUGAGUCAAUUGGAUGCUCCCUAGUUAAUACCAAGACCAAUAUGCAGUUGGAGUCAGCUGGAUACAUGUUAAGUAAUACCAGUUGUGAUGGAGAGGUACCAGAUGAGAUGGAAAGUCCCAGCAAGAAGCAGACUCAAGUCUCAAUAACAUCAGUGGGUGUGGCUAUAAAUCCAUCAGAGACCAACAUGCAGUUCGGGUCAGGUGAAUGCUCCUUAAGUAAUACCAGUUGUGGUGGAGAGGUACCAGAUGAGAUGGAAAGUCGCUGCAAGAAGCAGACUCAAGUCUCAAUGACAUCCCUGGAUGUGGCUACAAAUCCAUCAGAGACAAAUAUGCAGUUAGAGUCAGUUGGAUGCUCCUUAAGUAAUAACAUUUGUGAUGGAGAGGUACCAGCUGAGGCGGAAAGCCCCCGUAUGAAGAAGACUCAAGUCUCAAUAACAUCCCUGGAUGUUGCUACAAAUCCAUUAGAGACCAUUAUGCAGUCGGACUCAGUUGGAUGCAUGUUAAGUAACACCAGUUGUGACGGUGAGGUACCAGAUGAGAUGGAAAGUCAAUGCAAGAAGCAGACUCAAGUCUCAAUAACAUCCGGGGAUGUUGCUACAAAUCUAUCAGAGACACAAAUGUCCACACUCGAGGGUGGAUCAUUGGCGUCAAAGUCCAGUGAUAUUAUGUACUGGAGCACGUCACCAGCUGAAAUAACUGAAGGUGUAUCCCCCAGGUUUGCUUCAAUCGUGUAUCAGGGUUCACCACGCUCUGAUACUAACGGCAACAAUAUGAAGCCGGAGGCAGUUGGAUGCUCCUUGAGCAAUACCAGUUGUGAUGGAGAUGUGCCAGAUAAGAUUGAAAGUCCCAGGAAUAACAAUACUCUAGUCUCAUCGACAUCUCUCAUCAACGUCCCCAAAUUGUCCAUGUUUGAGGGAAGAUCGUUUGUGUCAAAGGUUGAUGAAAUUGUUUCCUGGAGCAAAUUACCAACUGAAAUUAACGAAGGUUUAUCCCACGUUUGUGCUUCAACCACUUGUCAGGGAUCGUCACACACUGAUACUAACGAGACCAAUAGACAGCCAGAGGCAGUUGAAUGCUCCUUAAGUAACACCAGUUGCGAUGGAGAGGUACUGGAUGGGAUUGAAGGACCUGUUAAGAACAAGACUCAAGUCUCAGCAGCAUCCUUGGUUGUUGCUAGAAAUCCAUCGGAUUCUAAAUCAUCCAUGUUUGAGAAAAGCCUUUUAGAGAUAGGAGACCCUCCAUCGUUUACUGUACAGAGUCCUGUUGCCUCGGCAACAUCUUUGGAUGGAUCGAUAAAGAUUGAUUUGGAUACUGCCAAUAUGUCAUCCUUCAGCUGCAACGCAGGGACGUCCAUAGAAAAGAAAACUUGUGACUGCCAAACAGCGGUAUCCCUGGAGAAUGAUUCCAAUCCACUCAUUACGAAAUCUUCCAGAUUUGUUGGCUUGGUUACCGUUGAAUCAGCAUCCCCAAUUGCAGUCAAAGAACAGGGGUCAACUGGGGACUCUCUCAGUCACUCAAGAGUGUCGCUGGGAACUGGUGCGGUGGAAGCCAGAAAGAAUUCCAAGGGGUGCGAAAGGAGAAGCGAGAGUCCAUCCCUUAAUAAAAGUCUUGAGAAGGGAAAGAAAAGGAAACUGGAGCGCAGUGGUCCUGAAUGUUCCGAUUUAAGAUCUGAUGAGCCGCUGCCAAAAUUCCCAUGUUUGUUCACUGAGACAGAGGAACAUCAAGCUAAGUCUCCAGGAACAGAAGUGACCAUUGAACAUCCACCUGCAGAGGAUCUGGGUGAACCGACUGACCCAGAAACAUCCACAGGGAAAAAUAUAUCUCAACAACCUAAAGGAAAAACAAGGAAGCGAAAGCGUAGCGCUCCGGAAAGUCCAGAUACAUCUGAGAGAGAGUCUGAAGAGCCAUUACAAAAAUCUCGAUGUUUAGUCAUGGAGACAAAAGAACCUCAAGUUGUGUCUCCACAAGCUGAAGAGCCGAGAGUUAAAGUGGAAAUCGGAGCAGAUCCCCAAAGUCCAGAAGCUUUGGAAUACGCUCAUUUCUGCCUCAGAAACGCUUAUCACGCGCUCCUUGGUGCCACAGCAAAAAAUAUAACCAUCCAAACUCAGAUUUGUGAGGUCAGUGAAACGAACCUACUUGGUUUCAGGUUACUGUUGAGCCUUCUCAGCGAAACAGAGGGCGCAGGAAUCGUAUCAAAAGAGUGUGGAACGGGGAAUCAUUUGUUCCUGAGACUGAAGUACAAGUACAUAGUGAACCCUACAAACGGAGACGACGACGAAGAAGGAACUGAGAGUGGAAGCACAUGGACAGGGUGUUCCACAGAUAUUUUUUUUUCUACAAACUAUAAUCAUGCCACUUGA